CCUCGUAAGCCAGAGCAGCAGGGCUCGGGAAAAGGCCAUGCACCCAGGCAAGACAGGACCAGGCCUCAGACACCAGAAAGAGGUCGAGGAAUCUGCUGAGGACUUGGGAGUCUCUUGCUCGGAGGCCAAGCGGGAUUUUGGGGUGCUGGGGGGGAAAGGGUCCCCCCGCGGCCUGGACGAGGCAGAGGUGCCAGGCAUCCGGAAGCGCGCGCGGCCAGUGCGGUCCAAGGCGCGGCGCAUGGCGGCCAAUGUGCGGGAGCGCAAGCGCAUCCUGGACUAUAACGAGGCGUUUAACGCCCUGCGCCGGGCGCUGCGGCACGACCUGGGGGGCAAGAGGCUCUCCAAGAUCGCCACUCUGCGCAGGGCCAUCCACCGCAUCGCCGCGCUUUCGCUAGUGCUGCGAGCCAGCCCGGCGCCCCGCUGGCCCUGUGGGCACCUGGAGUGUCACCGCCAGGCGGCGCGCGCGGGGGGCGCAGUGGACGCGGAUCCCAUCGCGCCGCAGCCCGCGCAGCCGCACUGUGCACCCAGCCCCAGGCGCUGGGACAGAGCGGGUCCGGUGCCGCAGCGCUGCGCCUCCUGUUCCCCGCACACGCAGCCGGAGCGGCCCUGGGCGGCGGCGGUGGAGGCGCAGGGCUGGCGCUGGUGUCGGUGUGCGGGGCUGCCGUCCACAAGGCUGCUUCCCUGCCAGCGGAACCACGUCUCUGCACUAGGCCUGGUGGUGCAAGGUGGCAAGAAGGCCUGAGGGGCUCAAGGCCUGGGGGCUCACCCCGAAAUGUCAGUCCGGGGAUUGAAGCCCACAGGACAAGAGGAGUACAACUUCGCACAAUAAGAGAGAGAUUUCUGUAUGGAAGAGGCUAAGACUCAAGGAGUGUCCAAUGGAGAGAGUUAAAUUGUAAAAUUAAUUAAUUGAUUAAUUAUUAUUAUUUUUUACCAGAGCACUGUUCAGCUCUGGCUUAUGGUGGUACCAGAGAUUGAACUGGGACCUCAGACCCUCAGGCAUUAAAGUUUUUGCAUAAUCAUUAUGCUCUCUCCCCAGCCCAUAAACAUUUUUUAAUUAUAGAAACCGUAUUGAGAUGUUAUUCACAUAUCAUACACUUCAUUUUUUUUUUUUUUAAACUGGAGCAUCAAUGAGCCCUGGCUAUUGAUGGUGCCGGAUAGGAAACCUGAGGAAGUGUAAAUCCUGUGUGCUAUGUACGUACUCUCAACCCAGCCCAAGAGUCACUUAUUUUUUUAAAUUAGUGAUUUAAUAAUUAUUGACAAAAUUGUAGGAUAAGAAACAGUCCCCACCAUCAGAGUUCUGUAUGACCUCCCCUCCAUUGAAAGGUUCCCUAUUCUUUAUUCCUCUGGGAGGAUGGAUCAAAGAUCUUUAUGGGGUGCAGAAGGUUGGAGGUCUGGAUUCUGUAAUUGCUUCUCCACUGGACAUGGUUGUUGACAGGUUGAUCAUACUCCCAGCCUAUUUCUAUUUUUCUUUUUUUUAAUAUUUAUUAAUUCCCUUUUGUUGCCCUUGUUUUAUUGUUGUAGUUAUUAUUGUUGUUAUUGAUGUCAUUGUUGGAUAGGACAGAGAGAAAUGGAGAGAGGAGGGGAAGACAGAGAGGAGGAGAGAAAGAUAGACACCUGCAGACCUGCUUCACCGCCUGUGAAGCGACUCCCCUGCAGG